GUCACUACAUUCAAGUAAAAAACCCGACCUUGGAGUUUAAAUCUACCCUCUCAAAUCUGCUGAUACGCGGAAGGCCGCUUAAAGUUUGGAGGAACCGUCUCCUUUGGGCUUCGGACGCUAACAACGGGAGGAAGCUGCCGCGCCCAUCAGCCAUGAAGGUGCCUCACCUACAAGCCAUAAACGCUCACGUCUUUCUUCAACACGGCGUUCAAGUCAGGAGUCCAAAAACCAACACCACUGUGCAGACAUAUGCGUUUUUGGACCCGGGCAGCACAGGAACAUUCUGCACUGAAAGUUUGGCCCAAAGGCUGCAACUGAAAGGUAAAAAAACAAGUAUCCAGCUGCAAACAAUGGGACAUAAGGACAUUGUGAGUACAAACAUCAUAUCUGGACUCCAAGUAGCAGCACUUGAUAAAAAUGAUUUCAUUGACCUUCCAGAUGUCAUGACACAGAAACUAAUGCCUGUUUCAAAGCAAAAUGUUCCACAACAGGAGGACAUCGACAAGUGGCCAUACCUGCAAAGCAUCAAGCUCCACAACAUAGACACUGAUGUAGAUCUGCUCAUUGGCGCAGACGCACCUAAAGUAAUGGAGCCAUGGGAGCUGAUCAACAGUCAGGAGGAAGGCCCAUAUGCAGUUUGGACACGAGUUGGAUGGGUCAUCAAUGGCCCACUCCGGAGUGAAAGAAAAAAAACAGGCUGCUAUUCCUUCACUGUAAACAGGAUUUCUGUUGAACAUCUGGAAACAAUGUUGAUUGAACAAUACAAUCAUGAUUUCAAUGAAAAAACAUCCCAAGAGCAGAUUGAAAUGUCCAGAGAUGACAUCAAGUUUAUGAAUAUCAUGAACAAUUCAGCACAAUUAAAAAAUGGACACUAUUGUAUUGAUUUGCCUUUUAAAUCUGAAAGUUCCAUCUUGCCCAUUAACCGUUGUAUUGCAGAACAACGUCUUCAGAGCUUGAAAAGAAAGUUUAAUAAGAGCAGCACCUUCAAGAAAGAUUACAUUGCAUUUAUGAAUGACAUGCUAUGUAAUGGAUAUGCUGAAAUUGUACAUGCUGAUCAGUUAAUGAGAAAUGAGGGAAAGGUGUGGUACAUACCCCACCAUGGUGUUUAUCACCCCCGAAAAGGCAAACUGAGAGUUGUUUUUGACUGUGCUGCAACAUUCAAGGGAACCUCACUGAACUGCCAGCUGCUACAAGGACCUGAUCUGACCAACUCGGUUGUGGGAGUUCUUCUGCGUUUCAGGCAAGAGCCAAUAGCAGUUAUGGCAGAUAUUCAAGCUAUGUUCCACCAGGUUCAUGUUCCAGAGAAACACAGAGACUGUCUUCGCUUCCUCUGGUGGCCCAAUGGUGACACGUCACAAGUUCCACAGGAAUAUCGGAUGACAGUACAUCUGUUUGGAGCAGUGUCCUCGCCGAGCUGUGCAAAUUAUGCAUUAAGAAGAACGGCAGAAGACAAUGCCCAGCAGUUCCCAGCUGAAGUGGUCAGUACAAUAAAACAUAAUUUUUAUGUGGAUGAUUGCUUAAAAUCCUUGCCUACAGAAGAGGAAGCAAUAAAGUUUGCUCAAGAUUUGACAGCUCUCUGUAAUAAAGGAGGAUUCAAGCUCUCCAAGUGGCUCAGUAAUAGUCCUGCAGUUCUGCAAACAGUUUCAGACAACAUCAAAGCAAAGAAAAUGUUGGAAAUGGAUCUGGAGCUUCCAAUGGAACGAGCACUUGGAUUGCAGUGGUGCAUUCAAAGCGACUCCUUUAAAUUCAAAGCUUCACUUCAAGAGCGGUCCCACACAAGAAGAGGAAUACUGUCAGUAGUGAGUUCAUUGUAUGAUCCCUUGGGGUUCCUUGCUCCCUUCAUCAUUACUGCCAAACUGCUUUUACAAGAGCUCAUACCCUUGACACUGAUUCUUGUAUUAAUGCAAUCAGAAGAUUCAUCUGCAGGCGUGGUCCAGUCUCUUCCAUCAGAUCUGAUAAUGGCACAAAUUUUGUAG